GGCUGCUCGUGGGGUCUCUAGAUGAAAGAGAAGGUUACUCACGCAAAAUUAAAAGUCAAAAUAAUGAACUUAAUAUAGAACCAAGCCGUACUUUAUGUACGAUAACAUAUAUCCUGAAGCAACACCGGGGGACGUUAGGCAUUAAUUAUUUCUUAAAUCGCCCAAUUAUACAUCAUUUCAUGCUAAUCUAAAUGAUGCCGUUUCUCUCUCGGCAGACACCACUCAACUGGAGACAACCCCCAUAUCUGUGUAUAAAAGCCCCAAGAACCCACAGGCUGGUGAUGCUUUGUUCUCCUUUGAAGUCACGGCUGCCCACAGACAAGGGGAACGUUUGCCCUGGCACCAUGUCUCUCCGGUUUUCUGGCGGAUCCAGGCACGUUGGCCUACAGUCAGGAUCCCUCAGGCCACCCAGCGGAGGCGCAGGAUUUGCAGGCGGCAGUGCGGGGGGCAGUUCGGCUGCUGGGAGUGGAUUUUCUUGGGCCUUAGGAGGGACACUAUGCGGUGGCCCUGGUGGAAGCCAUGCCGCUGGUGCCCUGGGCAAUGCUGCUGGUGCGGGCUUCACUGGAAACGAAGGGGGUCUCCUCUCUGGGAACGAGAAGGUCACCAUGCAGAAUCUUAACAACCGCUUGGCCUCUUACCUGGAUAACGUGAAGGCUCUGGAGGAGGCAAACACUGAGCUAGAGAGGCGGAUCAAGAACUGGCAUGAGAAAUACGGACCCGGAUCUUGCCGUGGACUCGAUAAUGACUACAGCCAGUAUCAUCUGACCAUCGAGGACCUUAAAAGCAAGAUUAUCUCUUCCACGGCUGCUAAUGCUAAUAUAAUUCUGCAGAUUGAUAAUGCCAGACUGGCUGCUGACGACUUCAGACUAAAGUACGAAAAUGAACUCACCCUUCACCAAAACGUAGAGGCGGACAUCAACGGAUUGCGCCGUGUCCUCGACGAGCUGACCCUCUGCAGGACGGACCAAGAGCUGCAGUAUGAAUCCCUGAGUGAGGAGAUGACCUAUCUCAAAAAGAACCACGAAGAGGUAGGAGAAGCUCUGCAGUGCGCAGCGGGAGGCAACGUGAACGUGGAGAUGAACGCAGCCCCGGGUGUGGAUCUCACCGUCCUGCUGAACAACAUGCGAGCCGAGUACGAGGCCCUGGCUGAGCAGAACCGCAGGGACGCCGAGGCAGGGUUCCAAGAAAAGAGUGCCACGCUGCAACAGCAGAUCUCCAAUGACAUGGACGCAGUCACCUCGGCCAGGUCGGAGCUGACAGAGCUGAAGCGCUCCCUGCAGACUCUGGAAAUUGAGCUGCAGUCACUCUCAGCAACGAAACACUCGCUGGAGUGCUCCCUGGCGGAGACCGAGGGCAAUUACUGCUCUCAGCUGGCUCAUAUCCAGGCUCAGAUCAGCGCCCUGGAGGAGCAGCUGCACCAGGUCAGGACCGAGACCGAGGGCCAGAAGCUGGAACACGAGCAGCUGAUGGACAUCAAGGCCCACCUGGAGAAGGAGAUCGAGACCUACUGCCGCCUCAUCGACGGAGACGAAAAGCUUUCUCCCAGUUCCUGCUCCGGCUCAAAGGGCUUUGAAUCUGGAAGCUCGGGGAAUUCAUCCAAAGAUUUGUCCAAAACCACACUGGUAAAGGCGGUGGUUGAAGAAAUAGAUCAGCGUGGGAAGGUGCUGUCCUCGAGGAUCCACUCCAUCGAGGAGAAGAUGUCUAAGAUGAGCAACGGCAAGGCUGAGCAGAGGGUUCCCUUCUAGCUCCCACGCUAGGGGGCAGAAUAACGGGGCGGAGCCAGCUCAGCUACGCCAGUCUAAAUCUCAGGGAGAAUGGAAACGCUUUCUACUAUCACAGAUAAAGUGACCUUAUACAAAAUGCCUCUUUUCUUGGUGACUUUCGCAUGAUAUUGGGUGUUUCUGUUCCAAAUAAAGAAAA